AUGCGCAUCAAUAACAGAAGUUCAUUUUACACAGAACCCCAAAGCCAGCAGCAUCGCACAAAAUUUCAAAAUGGGUUUAAAUUUUCAGCUGAAACGAAGCCGGAAGACCAAUCGGAGGAGCAGGAGUUGGAGGAUGAUUUGCAGUUUAAGACUAUACAAAUCCCACCGAUAUGGGUGGCCAGUGAUCACAGAACACAUGCAGCUCUCAUCUACACAUAUUUCCGCGGACAGACUGCAAGUUUCUUGCCCGCCGACCCAGUCCCAGAAGCUCCCCACAUCAUCAUGACUUUCGAUGCGUACAAGAAGAAGGACUUGAUCAACUUGGUCAAUGCCUGCAGGGAGGAUGUGCCACUCUAUGGCUUCUUCUCCAGCGAUAAUCCGGAGGUUGCCGUUUUCAUAGCCAACUCCGUGGACAAGUACAACACCAAGCCCUAUGUGCCCACCGAUAAAAUUGUGUUGAAAGUGAACAAGGGACCGGGUCCGACAAUCGCGCUGCUCAUGGAAUACGGACCGAGCUAUGUUAGUCCCAACUCUGUGGUUGGACAUAAGGAGGCUGCCAAGUUCUUUCCACCUAGCUACAAAUCCGCACUGCAGGAGGAGGCCGAGCUGCAUGCGGUCAAAGCCGAGAAGCCUAAAAAACGUAAAAAGAACAAGAAGGGCGCCGAUGCCGAGGAAUCUGAACAGCCGGGUGCCAAUGCCCAGGACAAUCAACUGGAGGCGGAUGAGGCGGCCAAAGUGUCACCCGAGGAGGGCGCCUCCACGACAAGCAGCGGCGAGGACAGCUGCGAAAGUCGCCCAGCGACUGCCGACGGCAAUAAUCUGCCUGCUGAUGGGCCGCAACCCUAGAUCACCUUCAAUUCUGGACAUCUUGCUCUGCGUAUACUACAUGGCAUACAAUGCCAUGCUCUUGCUGUCUGUCGUCCUGCUGAAACGA